UAGUUGACUGCUGCACUGGUUCGCACGUCCAAACGACACUAUUUAACAAUCUGUGGUUAUUGUACGGCACGAUCAGAGGGGUGAAACGUGUGCCACACUGCCAAGAUGGCAGACGACAGUGUAGAGGAAGAGAGGAAGAUAAAGGUGACGGCGGUGGGAGACUGUGGGGUGGGGAAAACUUGUCUCCUCAUGACUUAUGCCACUAACAAAUUCCCCGAUAGUGACGUCCCCGGACUUUACGAAUGCAGUCAAACUGUAAAAGCUGGGCGAUCGACCUCAUUUGAAGUCCCUGUUGAGAUGCAAUUCAACGGGUGCAAAUACAGCAUCGGUCUAACGGACACCAUCGGAUCAGAUGAGUACCGGCGGAUCCGUGAGCUGUUUACCGUGGGAACAGACAUAUUCCUAGUGUGUUUUAGUGUGACGGAACCAGACACGCUGAACAAUGUCAAACAAAACUGGCUAUCGGAAAUCAAAAUCCUUGCCCCAAAGGCCACCUUCGUAUUAGUCGGUACAAAAACAGACCUUCGAGAGGACGAAAAUGUGAAGCAAAAAUUAAAGGAAAAAGACCAAAAAGUAAUAUCUAUUCAAGAAGGAAUCAAAUGUGCAAAAACCUUCGGAGCAAAAACCUACGUGGAAUGUUCAGCAUUGAACCAAAUUGGACUUAAAGAAGUGUUUGAGACCGUUGUGAUGGUUACCAGUCCAGAAACCAGCACCCCUCGGAAAUCUGGCUCAAAUGGUGGACCAUGUGUCGUGUCGUAACUAUGCCAGAAUGGUGGGUCAUGUGUCGUGUCGUAACUCUGCUGGAAUGGCGAUCAUGAGGUAAAAAUUUGCCUCGGAUUUUAGCACAAACUGGUCUGGUGCAAAAUAAACAUAGUUCUUAAAUCAAUGCAUGGCUUUAAAGGAAUUCCAUGAUCUUCAAGAAUAUGAGAAACACAUUUACAGACCACAUACACUGGUGACUUCGGUCAUAACGAUUUCGUUAUGUGGUAGGCCUACUAAUGGUCAUAAUCGCCUAAAAGCGGUUUUUAUCGAUUAGACAUUAAAUCCUUACCUAUGCAUCAUACGUAUUAGGCGGUCUCGAAACAAAACAUGGAUUCUAGAGAAGGAACCGAGAUGAGAUCCUGAUGUAACAGAUAUUUGUGUCAGCAGUUUUAUCUAUUUAUAUAUUGGUUUUUGAUUAUGAUUGUAACACUUAGUGAAUUUCGAAAUAUUUUAAUAUUAUGUUUUAGUCAGCGGCUGGUCUGCUGACCUCGUAAUGUCAAUAAAUGCCGGACAUUCUUCACACUUAUUGACCUACCCUAUACACAUUAACGUGACUAACCGCUGUACUGAUGAGAGUAAUAGCAUUUCUAUCAACCACUCCCGUGUGUUCAUAAUUACGAGUGACAAUCUUCGUCAUUCUCCAUUUGAAAUUACAUUUUUGACAGACAUAUAAGUUACUGCAGACAUUUCUUGACAGGUCAAAAAAGAAACAGUCCAUGUGAAAAUAGGUCUUUAUAAAACAGCAUUCAACUGUUUGACAAUCGGUGAUGAAAUAUGUCUGAGGAGUAAGAAAAAAGGGUUUUUACUUUUAUCUUUUUACCAAUAAUCUAUGAUGGCGAACAUGGCGCAAUUAGUUGAAUUUUCUUUCUACUUUAUCCCAUAAAAGUAUCACCGACUGAAUUAGUAUCGUACAUCAACCAACCUUUACAAGACCAUAGGAUCCGAGAAUUAUUUAGUCUAGACGAAUAUGGACUUACCCUUGCCUAUUUAUAAAGGAUUAUUAGGAGAAGUGUAAUUUUACCUAAUAUCGAUCCCUCCAAAAACCUGCUAAAACCUUAAAACCAGACAAGGGUAAGUCCUUAUCCACUUAGACCUCGAGCACUUUCAUCUGGAAUGUAUACCACCUAAGUAAGCACGGUGAAAUGGAAUUUCUUGCCAUUUCUGAUACAAGUGCAUACUGUUUAGAUUGUGACAAAGUCCCGAGUCCCUGUCUGUUUUACUUUUUUUCCUGGACAAUUCAUUUCUCCUUGUACACGGAAUCCAAAGAGUGUUUCAUAUACAUAAAUGAUUUACUCUAAGUUUGGUCUGCUCUGAUUAAAGACGUUUCAGUAAUUUAUAUCAUCCACGACUUAUUUUGUAUAAUAAUGUUUAAAUAAAAUCCAAACAAUUGAA